CAAGAAUAUAAUUUAUUAUGAGUCACAAAUAUUUGAGACAUAUCUGAAAAGCGGUGCUGAAGUUUCUGAAUACUAAACGAUAACAAUCCUGACUUGUAAUGCGCCUUGGGGGUGGUUUACCAUACGACGGAGACCCCCCGACAAUGAGCGCUGCUGGCAACGACUAUGCCGAAUUAUGCGAUCUUGGACCUACGCGAUGGAGUUCGCGUGGCUACUAUCAUGUACCACCACCUGCGGCGCACAGUUCAUCACUACAUCCUAGCAUAUUGCAAACAUCCACCCAAUCGUCAUCCAGUGUACCAACGGGUGGCUCAGCCGGUCUCACAGCCCAUCAUCUGCGUGUUGCACCGCCCACGAGUAGUUACGAAGCUGAAGAUAUUGCCGCAGCAUACGGUAUGACCACACCGCCACCCGGCAUAACCGACCUACCAAAUAGUUACGCAGUUAAUUCCCGUAUCGGCAAUAGUACAAGUUCGCUGCGUACCGGCCCCUCAGCGGCGGCGGCAGCAGUUGGCGCAGGCACAGGACGUUCAGGUUUAUAUUAUUCACCGCCCGGAACAUCGUAUACGAUCAUUGAACGACCCCAUUCGCCACACUACUAUUACAAUUCGGCGGGUGUGGCCACCAAGGGUGGUUCAUUGCCGGGCCGUGGUUCUGCAUAUUUGUCCUCAUCAUCACCCUCGAAUUAUUUAAACAGUAUGAGUGGGACAUUGCCUACCUCAACUGCUGCAAGACAUGCAAUGAAUUCCGCUUCGGCCAUGGCCAAUGGCAAUAAGAAACGGCCCAUAUCACCGGAGCAGGUACUGCGCAUGUUUGGCGCUACCCAAUCGUCUUCAGUUCCUACUAGCAGUUAUCAUUAUAGUAAUGGUACAAGAGAUCGCACCGGUCGUCGCAGUCCCGCCAGCAGUCCACCAUCAACAACGCAUCAGAUUUAUCGAGAAAGAGACCGAGAUCGCAGUAUGACAAAUAUUCAUGAAUUAACGACACGUACUGUGACCAUGUCACGUGAUCAACAAAUUGAUCAUGGAUUUGGUAUAUGUGUUAAAGGAGGUAAAGACUCAGGCCUUGGUGUUUAUAUUUCACGCAUCGAGGAAAAUUCCGUAGCUGAACGUGCGGGUUUACGUCCCGGUGAUACUAUCCUAGAAGUGAAUGGUACACCAUUCACUUCAAUCAAUCACGAGGAGGCGUUAAAAAGAUGUGUGCAGAUAUUGAAAUCACAACGUCAAAUCAGUAUGACGGUACGAUCACCACCCACGCUUAAUUCAACGGCCCCGCUGCAUGGCUUUGGACCGCCCUCUAGAGAUCCCAUGUACGCAUCGAUGGCCCCCCUGCUCACACAACAGACUGCACUGCCACCGGGUGCCGCCAUAGGAACAACAGGGUCAUUGCCGUACCGACAAACGUGUUCCUGGAUGGACAGACAUGGGAGGCCUGCCUCGCCGCCCAUGGAAUAUGGCGGCCGUAGAAGUGAUCGUAGGGAUAGAAUACGUUGUGUUGAGCUGCUGAUAGAGCCUGGCCAGUCAUUGGGUCUUAUGAUCAGAGGCGGUGUAGAAUACGGUUUGGGUAUAUUUGUGACGGGCGUCGACAAGGAUAGUGUGGCCGAUCGUGCCGGUCUAAUGGUGGGCGAUGAGAUAUUAGAGGUCAAUGGCCAAUCCUUUCAAGACGUUACCCAUGAUGAGGCUGUUAGCCAGUUGAAAUACCACAAACGUAUGUCAUUGGUCAUACGUGAUGUGGGUAAAGUGCCACAUUCCUGUACCUCCAUAGAAAUGGAGCCCUAUGAUGCUUAUAGUCCCACGGGGACAAGAGCCCGUCGAAAAAAUCAAAUCACCGCCAUGGUGGAAGAGAAGGCCCGCUCACUUCUGCCUCGACAUCAUUUUGCAAGUCUUUCGUAUUAUAUUGCCGAAUAUAGUGCGCGAGCAAUGACCAUAGAUGCCUUUGUAGCCGUCUUAUUAGAAAUGUUAGAUACAUAUGAAAAGCAUACACUAGUGACGGAAAUCCGUGAACUUAUAUUUCCUGAGGAUCGCACGAGAUACGAUGAACUGGUAUAUCGUAGAGAGCGCGAUCCUUAUAGUGGCGAACGAUUAAGGCGUAAAGGAGAAAGUGCGCGUGAUUUGCCGGAAUACGGCUGUGAUGACCAUAGGUCCCGAAGAUUGAGUGAAACCCACGUACCCCAUACGGACUAUGAGCAAGAUGUAGAACAAGAGUUGGCCACAAAACUUUCACGAAGUUUCGAUAUGAAGGAAGAAGGCGGGACCCUACUGGGCGAAAAAGGUGUUCGUAGACAUCAGUCUAUGCAAAGAUUAUCGGCGGAACAGCAGCAGAAUGGUUCAACGACUGAGCAAACAACCCAUGAACACAAUCCAAACGUCGUACCUGAUCAUAGAGGCAACUUACACAUUACUGUUAAGAAAACAAAACCCAUAUUAGGUAUUGCUAUCGAAGGUGGUGCUAAUACAAAACAUCCGCUUCCUAGAAUAAUAAAUAUCCAUGAAAAUGGAGCGGCAUUUGAAGCGGGCGGCCUGGAGGUGGGCCAGUUAAUACUGGAGGUCGAUGGUAAUAAGGUUGAAGGUUUACAUCACCAGGAGGUUGCCCGUCUGAUAGCCGAAUGUUUCGCGAAUCGUGAAAAGGCUGAUAUAACCUUUUUGGUUGUCGAAGCGAAAAAAUCCAAUUUAGAACCUAAACCAACUGCUUUAAUAUUCUUAGAAGCCUAACAUUUGCUUGCCCUGCCGGCUACCAGUGAUGAUCCCCUGGAACAACAGAAAUUGGAAUUCCUCCAUGAAUGGGGUAUCGAUGUAACGACAACGCCAAAAC